GCAAAAAAAAAAAAAAAGGAUGGCGUCCGAUGAAGUUUUGGCCUCUUUGGGGGUCGAAGGCGCCGCAGCAGCUGCACACGCUUUGUCUCUUCCUGCAGAUGCGUACGGAAAUGAUCCACAGCUCGAGGUCAUGUGGGCGAUGAGGGCUUAUAACCAUGCAGAGGUCUACUUUAAUCUGAUCUCGUCCGUGGAGCCCACGUUUCUGAAGCUGACCAAACUGGACGAUGAAAUUUACAGGUGCUUCAGAGAAUCUUUCCCCGACCUCGACAUCAAGCGGCUGAAUCCAGACCAGCUCAAGUCCAACGAGGCCAAAGAGAGAUGGCGUCCGUUCUGUAAUCGGUUUGAGGGCCUCAUGGAGGACUUCAACUAUGGAACUCUGCUCCGGCUGGAUGCUGAGAAGGAUUACACAGAGGACAACACCAUAUUUGCCACUCGAAUCCAGUUCUUUGCUGUGGAGAUCGGCCGCAACAGAGAAGGUCACAAUGACUUCAUCUACAAGUCCAAAAGCACCAAGACUUAAUCCCAGCAGAACCAAGGACCAGUUCACCUGAGACCUGUU